GUCAAGAUGGUUACGAAAGUCUUAACACUGGUGAUUCUCGCUCUCGCGUCCAGUCCGGGGGUUUCAGUAGGAGAACAGGAGAAGAAGCAGGAGCUGGGAGAUGUUCCUUUAGAGGAUGUGAAACUUGGGAGUCUAAGGACAGAGGACGAUGUUCCGACUUCCUGCUGGCACGCAGGCUCCAGCACUUUGGGCGUGUGCAAGAAAAUCCAGGACUGUUAUCCAUAUUUCCGGCUGCCAGACCUCUCACCUGAGGACUCCUGGCUCUAUGGGCUGAGUGAUUCCUGUCCUAUUAAUACCGAUGAAGGGAUGGUGUUCGGCGUCUGCUGCGAGAGCGCGUCCCCCGGAGAAGCCCGCGAGGCGCUGCCCCCGAGCGAGGCGCUGAAGGAUGCGUCGGUGGUGAAGUACAUGGUGGUGGGGAGCGAGGAGAGCGGCCCGGGCCUCAUGGACCGCAGCCACGUGCAGUUCGUCCCCCCCCACGCGCGCCCCGUCGCCGCCUCCCGCCGCCCCACCGUCAGGUACCCCAACUACCCGACGUUCCCCACCCACCCGCCCAUCAUCACCCACCCGCCCUCGCACACCAACCAGCCCUGGUGGACCACGCGCCCGUCCGGCUCCACGCCCGCGCCGCCGACCACGACCAGCCCUUGGUGGCCGCCCCAGACGACCACCCGGCGCACCACGACCAACCCCUGGGACCAGUGGACGACCACCACGACCGCCAACCCGUGGGACCAGUGGACGACCUCGAGCACGACCACCACGCCUCGUUCGACGACCUGGUGGCAGCCGCCCACGACCUCCACCACCACGCCCGCGCCUUCUCCUCCAGGAUCGGCCUCAGGACCCGAACCGGACGCCUGUGUAGCCGGUUCCUUCUACACGGCUGACGACGACGACGACGGCGCCUUCAGGAUCAGCGGGGGGCAGCCGGCCUCUAAGCACAGCUACCCCUGGAUCGCUAUUCUGUUCAACGGCGGGAAACCCUUCUGCGGCGGUUCACUCAUCGACCGAACGCACAUCCUGACAGCUGCCCAUUGCAUUGCCCACAUGAGCCAGUUCGACAUCUCCAACCUACGCGUCCGCCUGGGAGCUCACAACAUCAUGGCCAGGGAAUCCACGGCGCAGGAUUUCAAGAUCACUCGGGUCGUCAGACAUAAGGACUAUAAUUCUCUGAAACUCUACAAUGACGUCGCUAUGCUAACUCUGGAACGACCCGCUGUCUACACGGCACAAGUACGACCCGUGUGUUUGGACAGGAGUCAGGAACGAUACGCUGACGAAAUGGUGACGGUCGCAGGCUGGGGCAGCAUGUACGAAGGCGGCCCGCAAUCUCCAACACUGUACCAAGUGCGCCUGAUCGUGUGGAGUAACGAGGACUGCGCACGUAAAUACGGACGAGCUGCGCCUGGUGGGAUUGUCGACUCCUACCUGUGCGCAGGACAGGAUGGGAAGGAUUCUUGCCAGGGCGACAGCGGCGGGCCUUUGGUCAAGUACAAAGACGGCGUCUGGACUCAAGUCGGGCUGGUGUCUUGGGGCAUCGGGUGCGGUAAGGGUCAUUACCCGGGCGUUUACUCCAGAAUCUCGUCCUUCUUGCCGUGGAUCAACCGUGUCCGAGCCGCAUACCGAUAAAGAGGAAGGUUUUUGCCCCGAGAAACACAAGCUGGGAGGAAGAGGACGGGGAAGUCGAAGAUUGGAUGGUUGUAAUUUUCUUCUUCUUCAGGAACGUGUAUAUAUGUAUAGGUAUAUACAAGCACUAGAGAAUUGGCAUUAGGAUUUCCACUUUUCUUUUUUCUCUCUUCUGUAAAGAGGGUAUAAACACCAUUAUCUAUGCUAGCGUUUUAUGGGUAGCGUAGUUAUUUUCGGAAGAGGUUAUGGCGGUGGGUUUUUGGGUUUGAAUGGGUAAGGUGAGUCUCAUGAAUACGUAUUGCUCAUUGAGUGAUUCGGUCUAAAUCUAACCCAAGAUAACAUCACCCGUGCCUGUCUGUCUGUCUGCCACUAUCUGCCUUGUUGUGUCCCUUUGUUUGUUUCUGUUUCUGUCUCAGUUUCCAUUUCUUUCUUCUCCCUCUUUCUCCUUCCUUCAUCGCUCUCCUUCCUUUCAUAUCUAUCUCUCCUUUUUUUCUCCCUCCUUUUAUUCCUCACCUAUCUUUCUCGUUCCCUCCCUCCCCCUCUCCCUCUCCUCAUCCCUCUCCUCCCUCACUCUCCUUCACUUCAUCUCUCUCUCCUUCUCCCUCCCUCCCUUCAUUUCUCCUCUCUUUCUCUCCCCCUCUCCACCUCCCUCCUCCUUCUUCCGCUCCUUCCCCUCUCCUUACAUUAACUCCGGGACACGUGAAGACCUUCUCAAGUAUCAGGUAGCAGCAAAGUCCCUCUUCAGUCGAGUGGCCUCUUAACACAGUCUUUGUACCUCCCUGUUGAAGAGUCGGCUGCUCUCUUGUCACGAUAAAGUCUUCAUAUCAAAGACACUUUGGGGAAGUACAUAGGAUUUAGCGAUUUGUAAAGCCUUAGGUUCUCUUCCGUCCGCAGCUUUUAGUGUCAAAAUUCGCCCAGUCUCAACGUCAUUUGAUCUGGUUCAGGACUCUCACUCGAUCGUUAGGAAUGAAGAGGCAUUAUGGUACUGUUUUUUAUCAGGCGGUGUAAGUUAAUGACAUUUGCUAAUACAACGUUUUUGUUCUUAAAUAUCUGGAAAUCAAACACAUAUCUAUACAUACGAGUAUAUGUACUUGCAUGUGCGUACACACACACACACACACACACACACACACACACACACACACACACACACACACACACACACACGCAC